UGAAGAGCUAAAAACUUUUCCAGUGAUUUGAGGAAUCUGGCAGUGAUGGAACAGAAGCCAAUAAAUUGUUUGUCUUCCAUGAAAAAAGUUUCUAAACGAAGAAAAAUCAAUCAAUCAUCAAUACUUACAAAAAACCUGUUCUUGGACUUUUACUCAUGGGAAGUGGUGCCUGGCUUUUAUUAGAUAGAAACAUAUUUUUUAAUGUGUUGGAUGAAAAUAACCAUUUGAUAAUAUGCAUUUCUCAUAUGUUAAUUGGAAUUGGAUCUGCUACAGUUCUUCUUUGUCUAUUGGGUUAUUUGGGAAUUAACAAGGAAAUCCAAUGGCUCCUGAUUCCGUAUGCAGCACUGUUAAUGUUGGCCUUUGGUGUUCAGGUUGCACUUUCAGCACUCAUCUUCACAAAGAAAGAGGAGGUUUUCCAAGUAUGGCGUGAUAAAAUUGAUUUGAUCAUUUCCAAGUACGGAUAUAAAGAUAUGCCUGAAGACAUAACCCAAAGGACUAUUCCGAAUGCUUUACAGAAAACAUUCCAGUGUUGUGGCCAACACAAUGACACAGAUUGGACAAAGAAUAAAAAUAAAGAAAAUUCAGAACAGGAGCCAUGUUCUUGCACAAAUUCUACAUUACGAAAAUGGGUUUGUGGUGAGCCACUGAAUGCAACACACCUAGAGAGUUGUGAAAAUAAAUUCAAGACAUGGUAUGAUACUAAUGUUUUAACAUUGAUUGGAAUUAACUUUGGAUUCUUGGCUUCAGAGAUUUUGCAAGUCUCAUUAACUGUUUCUUUCUCCAGAUGUAUCAAGAAUAAAAUAUAUGCAGAAAUGUGAUUUAUGGAUUUUGAUUUGUCCAGAAGGCGCUGGUUUAUUCUCAAAAUAAUCAUAUUGUAUUAUUUGUU